AUGGGAGCAGAUAACCAGACUUGGGUGAGAGAAUUCAUUCUCCUUGGCCUGUCCAGUGACUGGGACACUCAGGUGGGUCUCUUCAUCCUGUUCUCAGUCGCUUACCUGCUGACCCUGCUGGGGAACGUCCUCAUUGUCCUUCUGAUCAGACUGGACGGCCGACUCCACACUCCCAUAUACCCGGUCAUCAUGCAUGGAGGGCUCUGUGCUAGGCUGGCCGUCACAUCCUGGCUCAGUGGCUCUGUCAACUCUCUCAUACAUACUGCCAUCACCUUUCAGUUGCCCAUGUGCACAAACAAGUAUAUUGAUCACAUAUCCUGUGAAAUCCUAGCUGUGAUCAGGCUGGCCUGUGUGGACACCUCUUCCAAUGAGAUCUCAGUAAUGGUUUCUAGCAUUGUCUUGCUGAUGACACCUUUUUGCCUGGUUCUCCUGUCCUACAUCAGGAUCAUCUCCACCAUCCUAAAGAUCCAGUCUACAGAGGGGAGAAAGAAGGCCUUCCACACCUGCACCUCUCACCUCACAGUGGUUGUCCUGUGCUAUGGUAUGGCAAUUUUCACUUACACCCAGCCCAAUUCCAGCCCUUCUGUGCUUCAGGAGAAGUUGAUCUCUCUCUUCUAUGCCAUUUUGACACCCAUGCUGAACCCAAUGAUUUACAGUCUAAGGAAUAAGGAGGUGAAGAGAGCUUGGCAGAAACUACUAGGGCAAUUAUUUGGAUUAACAUUGAAACUGGGAACUUGA